AUGGACGAAAGCUCUUGGAAGGACUUGCGGCUUUCUCUAGAAAGACCAUGGAAAGAUGAUGAUGGAGAACAUAUACCAGUACUGUAUGAUAUUACCCCGGACGGCCAGCAAAUAUACGAACCGCGCGACGACCCAGCAACGGUUCUGGGAAAGAAUCUCCGUCGUAUCUUUGUUGAGCGCGGCGUGGAUUUCUUUGGCAAGGACAGUAAACGCGCAGUUCUCGAAGGGUUCACCCGCGAGAAUGAACUGGAGGGCAAGGAACGUAACACCGAGAAACAAGACAGCGGCAACGCGUCUAACCAGCCGAUGACUCCGGAGGAACUGUCCCAGCUACGCACGGAGAUCGGCCCUCAUCUCCACGCAGCUCACUCGGAGAUGGUCCUUGCGAGAGAUCUCCUCACCGCUCUGCUUGCAACUACGGGUCAGGUUAACUCUGGACCCUCGGAAAUGAUCGCCGCCGGUGUACCCGCCGGGUCCAUCACAACUACUUCGCUGGCAGCCACGGUGGUGUCGAAACCGCCUCCUAUUCCAUCCGUUCAGGCAUUCGAUGCGCAGCUUGUCGUCGGUGCAAAGGAUGAGGCCCUUCGUAACGCAGCCAACAUACUGAAGUCGGAGGCGGAACAGAUGGAGAAGGCCAGAGAUCGCAGCGAAAAGUACUGGGUGGACGCGCUCAAGCUCCGUGCAGACAACUGGAACUUGAUCCCUGCACCGCUCCCGUUCGGUUCUGCCAUGGGGAAGGCCGCGGAAAGGACGUCGAAGGAUUUUCUGAUCUCGUACGGCCUGGAGGAAUCUCCCGCUCUUUUCCGUCGUCGCGCCAUCGGGCAUCUUGCGACGUAUGAAAUGACGUCUAGUGCUAUGGUGUUUCCUCAUCGGCAUCGAACCCGGAUGCGAGUGUCGCUGUCGACUGGAAGGUCAAGCAAUUCCCUGUCCGUCUCUCAUAGCCGGCUCGUACUCCAAGGAGCAGAAAGCCUCAGCGAAACUCUCCGAACCGCUCAAAGAGAGAUAGUCGAACAGGAGAUCUUUGCCGCAUUGAUCCGCGAGGCCAGCAAUCUGCCUACAGCGUCCGCGCGAGUAUCGGAACGCAUUGUUGCUGUGGAUGCAGCUCAGGACACUGAGCUGCGUUUCGAAAUGGGCCAGACUGCGUCGUCCUCAGAACAAACACUCGACUCCAACGCCUCGAAUGCUCGCGCCGAUCUGAUUUACGCAGCGCUCAACCUCCUGCUACUGCGCAGUCAUACUUAUCUCAAAAUGAGGCGGCUCGGCGUUACCGGCGUUGUCCAGCCUGCACCUCAAUCAGGGCAGCCUUCCGGCCCCGCCAUCCUGCAACCGAUAAUCGAUUUGUUGCAAUACGAGGAAUUCUUGGACAGAUUCACGAAGGAAAUAAGGAAAGUAUGCGAUGCCCUGCAGAGCGCCGGCAUCCCAUGCACGUCGAGAUUCGUCGCCGCUGGGGAGAGUGGGGAGCAGUUGGUCAAGCUGUUGGAGAGCUACUCCCCGCUGAAAAUUGGUGGUGAGACGCUACUAAGAAUCGACAAUCGGCAAGUGGUUUGCCCAUUAGGUUCUAGACACAAUUUUGAUGUCUUGUUCACUAGAUACACAAUUCGCUUCACAUUCAGUUCGCCAUCAACGUUGACGGCCCACUUGCCGCAUGCGACGUUGCCCGUUGCGUCCAUUCCGCAGCUUAAUCAGCUGCUCACGGACGAGGUUGAGCAAUGCAUUCUUGGCAGUAUACGUGAUACUGGCAAGGAGCUCUGCGAAACAUUGGGCGGAACGUGGUUCGUUGACCUGCUGAGCGGUCGGGCCGUUGGACGAUGGGACGGUUGCAUACUGUCAGUACAUUUCACCUCUCUCACAUUCUCCGCCCCGAUGCUCACGAUAGCUUCCUAA